AUGGAACAAUACCACUUUGUGAUAAAGGACGCCAAGUCAGCCUCGCUGUCCAAAGGCGAUGAAGAAGAGGCCUACAGAAUUCGAAGCCAUGCCCAAACGAGACGACGACAAGGUGAAAGAUUUGCAACGCCGUCCGACCUCCUACAAUCCGCGGCAUCGAUCCCUAAGGAAAGGUCUCGGGGUAGACGACCGACCUCUGAUGACCAGGAAGAGACCACCUCACGAGAACGCUCGCAAUUUCCAGAGGUCAACUCCGCCACCAUCGACUUCCCGUUUUCAUCUGAGAGCACCACCAUUGUUCAGUCGCAUUGGAACCAUUACUUCUGGCGUGCGGCCAGAGGGGAGGAGUUGGACCACCCGAGUGUCGUAUCCAUUUCUGUUCAGCCUUCGGGCACUUCGAUCGAUCCUUUCCACAGCACCAACAUGAUUCAUCACCCCUCGGCUUACCAGUUGAUGCAAUUCUUGCAGUCUGAUUUCAAUUCUUCUACCUUUCGAGCCGAGGCCUUGGGCCACCCUUUGAAAGCAACAUCACAGACUGGGGCCUUUCGUCAUGAGGCUGCAUAUUCGGAGCGAAUGCGUGAUGCCUUGCAGAACGAUAUGCUGAUGUUCUCGAUCCUCGCGUACGCCUCAGGGGCCAUUGGUUGGCGCUACGGUGUUCGCUUUGAAGACUUGCCGCCCGAGUAUUUCAUCCAACAGACUUAUCGAAGCAUUCGAGAACGCUUGCAGCGGUCGGAACAAGUAGAAGAAGCUCUUCUCUGGUCAAUGUAUGGGCUAGCUGCCGCGGAAAUGUGGCUGUUCAACUUUGAUGCUGCUGCCACGCACAUGAGAGCUGUUCAAGUCCUCAUCUCACAAGUCGGCGGAAUGACAAAGGUGUCGCCCCUGAUUAUGGAAAGCAUAAUUCUAGGAGGGAAAUUUCUCGCAUUCUUCACCAGGUCUGCACCAGUACUGACGAUAGCCUUUGAGCCUGAAGGUUGGCCAUAUCAAUCUAUGUCCUCCUCUAUGGUGCUGACUCCAGAAUUGUGGAAUCUCGGCACCGGAUUCUUUACUGCCGAAAAUGUGUCCAUCAUCGACGACUGCCACCAAAAGAUCCUCGUCGAUCUAGUAGCGUGUGUGCAGAUAAGUCAGCACACUUCGGCAUCACAACCGAACCAAAUUCCGGAGCAGCCUGAACACGAACGAUGGCUGUACCUCAAGGUUCAAGCGUUGAAUUACCGCCUCCUAGCUCGGACCGAACUGGAUGGCAUCCAAGAAGCCCUGCGGAUCGCAACACUGUUAUGGAUGCUGAGCAUCACAGAAUACGUCGGGGCCGAACUCACUGCGCUCAUCAUACUGCCGAAACUCGAAGCGGCCUUGGAAACGGCCAAGCCCGAAGCAUCCUCUUUGUUGGAAUUCCCCGGCUUGCACUUCUGGGUGAGUGCUCUCGGCGCUCUCGUUUCGCUUUCCGCAACCAAGAAACUCUCGAGCUGCUCCCCCCGUCUCCCAAAAGGCAUUCCUUACAACCGGCAAUUCGAUUUCUUUAGCCGUCACGUGGCUCAAAGCGCGCGUCGGCUCCGACUCGAGAACGAAUUCGACAGUUAUCGCAGUUUCCUCCAGAAAUACCUAUACGUGGACGCCAACGGUGGAGCUGGAGGAGGCGACUUGAAAGUCCUUGUCGAGGCGGUCUCAUCAUGUAUCGAUCAGGAUUCUCUGUGA